AUGGCCAAGUUUACUUUUCACGGCCGCAAGAAGCAGCCGCCAAAGGUGACUGUCACCGCUCCGCCCAUGAGCAAGGCCCAAAAGAUCCUCGGUGCGACCGCUCUCAAUAUCGAUGCUCCUCACCAGUGGGAAGACUUUUCUGGCUCCAAGGUCAGCGUCGCUGCCACUGAUGCUUCCGAUGCUCCGACAUAUGCAUCGUCGGCGAGGCAUCAGCGUGGUGGUGGUCGCGAAUGGGGAGAUGAGUCGGAGAUUGUGCCCCGGCAGUUCAGGAAUAACGGAGCGCCCACCGACGACUACGACGAUGAUGGAGUCUCGGACAUGACGAGUAUUCUCAGGAAACGGCAAUCGUCCUCUACUCUUCACUCGUGGUACGACAAGUCCAAGCAGCCUCUGUCCAUCUCCCAGCAGACCUCGAAUUCAGCCAUGGCCAAGGGUCUGCCACCAAAGGCGCAGAGGAUGCUGGAUAUGGACCAUGCGCUAGAAAAUGCAAAGUCAAGAAGGAAGAAGCCCGCUAAGCUGGACCUGUCUCACCUUAUCGGCCGGUCUCGGAACAAGAAGAAUGAGAACCAGCCUUGGGAGGGCCCUAUUCUUGGGCCCGACCAAGUCGUUAGGUCACCUUCUGUUCUGUCUCCAUUGAGCACUCCCUCAUUAAGAGGGAAAUUGUCAAAACGGCCCACAAAGGAGAGUCUGAGGUCAUUACAUUCGGAGACGAAUCGACCUGAGACAACCCGACCCACGAUAAACCGACCUGCGACGGGUGACAGCAGCCGCCGAGGACACGGUCAUCUAAACGGACUGCCUAAUCUGUAUGAGCAUUAUGAGCAAAUGUCAUUCCGCCAGGUUAUGGAUGAAGAACUGCAUGAGAUGGACGAACCCCCGGAGAAGCCGAAGCAGACGGAACCUCAGCCCAAGCCGACAACUACCCACACCAAGCAAGGACAUCACCCUGCACCACCGGCACACCAUGAUGAGCAGAUCGUCUCACAAUAUGCCAAGCGUCAUUUACCCCAGACACCUCAGGCCAUCUUGGCGAGCAAGCCUGGCCAAUCUUCACCAACCGAUUGCGCUGCCAGUGUGUCCAGCAGGCACACGCGCACGUCCAAGGCAUCGAAACGCACCGAUAGGAGUUUCCAGGAGUCAGAUCUUCAGGAGAAGAGCGUGCUCUCACUUUCAUCAGACUCUGAGGAGGACGAGUAUAUGGACUCAUCGAGCAAGGGCGCUGCCUCUGUGCCCGAGUAUGCGCACUCUGACGCAGGAUCAUCUAUUGACUACAGGCCAGCUACGUCUCGGACAUCCGAGAGUGCCGACAACAGCUCAAGACGAUUGAGCAGAUCUAGCAAGUCGAGCAAGCGAACUAGCUUUGCGACCACAAACAACUACUUGACCAUCCCGAAUGGACACCACCGGCCUCCCACUGUCAGCCCUCGGGCAAGCUCAUUAUCUGGAAGCUCUACAAACACUAUCCAAGAGGGAACCGCCGGCCAAUCACCCUCUCGUGUGUCAAGCAUGCAGUCCAACUCGUCGGCAAACACGACCAUGACAUGGCAGAGCAAGCCUGGUUACGGCCUGCAACAGGCCAAGGCUGUCACCAUGCAUCCUGCCCAUGGGCCUUCAGAGACUACAACGGACUCGGACCCAGAGAAGGAGGUGGAAUCUUCAGAAACCGAGCCAGAGGCCGAGGUUGACAUUCUCCCUGCGCGGAAAUAUGUCCCUGGCGACUCGACAACAACCAACCCCGACGCCCCGACGCCUCCUUUGAGCCCCAGCUCAGUCGACUUUUAUAUCCGUUCUGCUCACUCUUCUAUCGAUGGUCACGGAAGCCAUAACCGUUUCAUGGCCGUCACUCGCCAGGAGGAGAUGCUUCUGGCAGCUCUCCGUCACAAGAGGCAAAUCAUGCGUGAGACGUUCCUCAAUGAGAUGGACGAAGGCCUCCGGAACGAGAAGCUCGCACCUAAGGGUCACCAGUCAAAGCCUUCCGAGGCCACCAUCACUGAGUCUUCUUUCGACUUUGACUUCCCUGCUCCUCCUACUUGCAAGGACAAGACAACCGUUGCUGCAGAUGGCACCAAAGUCCUCGAUCUGAGCCAUAGUGCCAACCAGACAAAGCCCACGGCUAAGCCAGCUUCACCCAAGCCUCAGAAGGACCACCACCAGCACGAGCGCAUUCUCCUCUACCUCGAUUCCCCCCUUGCCGCGGAGCAUUCGAUCGAUGAAGCUGAGCCAAGUCCCGACCUGAGCGACUUUUAUGAGUAUGGGAACGAGUCCGAGGGCUCAGAGAUUGUGUCUGAGGUUAUCCUGUACGCCAAGCAGCGUCGUCACAGUGACCGAAAGAACAGUCAACCCAGCACCAAGCGCCGACCCAGCCGGACCCAGCAGAGCCCCAACCGACAGACCGAUACUCUCGAGGUCGGUGUGCCUCGCCCCGAUAGCCCCAUCUCCCCUGAUGCCCUCUCGGCUGUUCCCCGUCGACCAACAGUCAACAAGAAGACGGCUCGGUUGAGCGCAGUUGGCCCUGCGCGAUGGGGUUACGAGGACUAA